GGAUUUUGGCGCGAAAUAAACAAAAGUGACCAAAAAGUGUGCGUUGCAGCUGGCAAAAGUGCAUUUGCGUCUUGAAAAACUGUUUUAGUAUCCAAUAUAAUUAAUUUUUAUUCACACAGGAAAGUAAAUUAUUAAGAAAAUGCCACGUCGAGAUUAUGUACAAGAUAAGGAAUCAAUUAAGACCUUUCUGUCCGAGUUCUGCAAAGAAGAUGACACCGGGAAAAAGCAAUUUGUUUACGCACAUCAACUUGUGAAAAUUGCCCAUCGCGAACAAAUACUCAUCACAAUAGAUCUCGAUCAUGUAUCGGAAUUCAAUGAAGAGCUUACAGAAGCCAUUAUUUCCAAUUGCCGACGUUAUCAAGCGAUGUUCAGUGACGCUAUUGUCGACCUUCUGCCCAGCUUCAAAGAACGUGAGGUUCCAGCCAAGGACGCCUUGGAUGUUUACAUCGAACACCGCUUGUUGAUGGAGUCGCGCACACGCAAUCCAAUGGAACAACGGGAUCAACGUAACAAUUUUCCACCCGAGUUGAUGAAACGAUUUGAAGUGGCUUUCAAGCCACACUCCAAUGAGAAGGCCCAGUCCAUACGUGAAGUCAAAGCGGAACAUAUCGGAAAAUUAGUAACUGUGCGAGGCAUUGUUACUCGUUGCACUGAAGUAAAGCCAAUGAUGGUUGUAGCAACGUAUACUUGUGAUCGUUGCGGCUCUGAAACUUAUCAGCCUGUAAACUCGUUAACAUUCAUACCUGUUCAAGAAUGCCCCUCAGAUGAUUGUCGAGUGAACAAAGCUGGCGGCCGUUUAUACUUGCAAACGCGUGGCUCGAAAUUCGUUAAAUUCCAGGAGAUUAAAAUACAGGAACACAGCGAUCAAGUACCUGUUGGACAUAUACCACGCACCAUGACGAUUAUGUGCCGUGGUGAAGUAACUCGUAUGGCACAACCUGGAGAUCAUGUGCUCAUUUCAGGAGUUUUUCUGCCAUUAGUUCGCACAGGAUUCCGACAAAUAAUUCAAGGCUUAUUAUCUGAAACAUUCCUGCAGGCUUACCGCAUCGUUUGCAUAAAUAAAAAUGACGAGGCGAGUGACCAGGAAUCUGAGCUUACUGGUGAAGAGUUGCAAGAGCUAGCACAGGACGACUUUUAUGAGCGUCUUGCCACUAGUUUAGCGCCGGAGAUCUAUGGUCACUUGGAUGUGAAAAAGGCAUUGCUGCUACUUUUGGUGGGAGGCGUUGAUAAGCGUCCAGAUGGCAUGCGUAUACGUGGUAACAUAAAUAUCUGCCUGAUGGGCGAUCCUGGUGUAGCCAAAUCUCAGCUUCUUAGCUACAUAAGUCGUCUUGCCGUGCGUUCACAAUAUACCACCGGUCGUGGUUCCUCUGGUGUGGGUUUAACCGCCGCCGUCAUGAAGGACCCUCUCACUGGUGAAAUGAUGCUUGAGGGUGGUGCACUCGUGCUUGCCGACCAGGGUGUAUGUUGCAUUGACGAGUUCGAUAAGAUGGCAGAUCAGGACCGCACAGCAAUACACGAAGUAAUGGAACAGCAAACAAUUUCCAUUGCCAAAGCAGGCAUUAUGACUACGUUGAAUGCGCGUGUAUCAAUAUUGGCUGCUGCCAAUCCUGCUUUUGGACGUUACAAUCCACGACGCACAGUUGAACAAAAUAUUCAGCUACCAGCUGCACUUCUGUCACGUUUCGAUUUGCUUUGGCUAAUGCAAGAUAAACCAGAUCGAGACAAUGAUUUGCGUUUAGCUAAGCACAUUACCUACGUGCAUAGUCACAAUAAGCAGCCACCGACACGAGUAAAGGCACUCGAUAUGAAUCUUAUGCGACGUUACAUCAACCUUUGCAAGCGCAAAAACCCCACUAUACCCGAUGAGUUGACGGAAUACAUUGUUGGAGCUUAUGUGGAAUUGCGACGAGAGGCGCGCAAUCAAAAGGACAUGACCUUUACAUCGGCACGUAAUCUCUUGGGAAUUCUACGCUUAUCUACGGCACUGGCACGUCUACGUUUGUCGGAUAAGGUUGAAAAGGAUGACGUAGCCGAGGCGCUACGCCUGCUGGAAAUGUCAAAGGAUUCGUUGAAUCAGUUACAUGAGCAUCAAAAAGGACACGUCCCCAACACAUCGGACAAGAUAUUCGCUGUUGUGCGUGAAUUAGCCGGCUCUAGCAAUACUGUUAAAAUCGCGGACGUAAUUGAUCGUUGUACAACCAAAGGCUUCAAACCAGACCAAGUGGACAAGUGCAUUGAGGACUACGAGGAGCUGAACGUGUGGCAAGUCAACAUGGCGCGCACAAAAAUCACCUUUAUGUAAUGAAAACGACAGCUUGGUACGUCGUUUCGUUCGCACCUAAAGUACAUAUUUUGACUUGCAUAUUUUCAUUUAACUCACUUUCAUCUUCAUCAAUUACGUUCUUGUUACUUGAAUGUAAGAAAGUGUAUUUUUUUAGUUUUAAAGCAAUAAACGUUAGAAAGACAAUUUUAUGUUCACUAUAAUUUAUUUGAAAUAAACGCAUAAACUAUUUGCGUUAAGAAUACACAUUGAUAUAGAUAAUAGUAAAAACAACAAUAAUACACAAUAUUAGAUUCUCGGAAAUAUAUGUACAUUUGGAUUGAUUGCGGGUUGUGAAACAAAUAUUAAUAACUUUGAAUUUGAUAUUCAUAAAACGCUUCGAAAUAAAAACCUAAUAAAAUGGCAUCCUGUUAAGUACCUCCAGAGCUAUUCUCUAAUAAAAUCCUAAUACCAAUCGGGGGAGCAAAAGAUAUUGAAAGAACCGAAAUGCUGGCGACGCCUACAACAUCUAUGUAUUUCCUGCUGCUCGUGUGCAAAAAUUGGUCUAUAAAAAUACGGCCCCUUAAUUUUUGUAAUGUAUGCGUUAAAAGCGAUAUAUUAAUUCCCUUUUCGAGACUGUUCCCUUGUAGGGGAGGGUUUUCAACGAUUUUAUUUUCUACAUUGCGCGAUAACUUUUUAAUACAAGUGUUAAAAAAAAAAUAAAAUAUUCGGGUGCAAACGUGGCUCCCACAUUUCUACGCAAAGCUCAAUGUAUAAUUUUGGACUAAAACUCUAACCUAUAUAUCGUCGUUUAAAGUACAAAAC